GCAACUGCUGAUAGACGAGAGAAGAGAUGAUACGGGCAUGAGAUAGUUGGGGAGACGUCGCCGUCGCACGCUCGUGUUCUCAAGGCAAGCCUGUCUCUCCUUCUGUUUAAGCCCGAACGCCCGUCUGGAAGCCAGCGUGCGCGCCCACAACCCCACGUCCUCCCCGCCUAUCACACCGCACGAACUCAACGAGCGCUACAGCGUCACUACGACGACGACCUCGUGUUAGUUUAGUAGGCUGCCACACCUCGCCACCGUUUCUUUAUAUCCCGUGGAUGCGUUCGUAUAUGGUUCGUCGCAGCUAGCUGGUGACAUCGAGCCAAGAAACUGAUCCAGCCAACCUGUCGCUUCCAUCCCCGAUCGAUCACGCCAACUCUGGGCUGUAGAUAUGGACGGAGAGUGGGGCGACGGGGCGGCGGUGUCUUCGCCGAUGUCCGGCGGCGAGGGCAAGGUUGGGGCUGCUGGUGGCGUUUCGGGUGAUUGCGCGGGGUCGCCGGUGUCACCGGCGGUGGCUCCGUCGACGUCGCCUGCUUCCAGAGGGAGGAGGCGAUCGGAGCAUAAACGGGUGGUGACCGUGCCGCUGGCCGACAUGAGCGGCCCGCGGCCCAAGGGCGUCGGCGAGGGCAACAUGCCGACGGACGAGUGGGCGUGGCGGAAGUACGGCCAGAAGCCCAUCAAGGGCUCGCCUUUCCCGAGGGCUUACUACAGGUGCAGCAGCUCCAAGGGGUGCCCGGCGAGGAAGCAGGUGGAGCGGAGCCGGGCCGAACCGGACAAAGUGAUCGUCACCUAUUCCUUCGAGCACAACCACUCCAGCGUGGGGACGAGGGCGCAGAACCUCCAGGCCCGGACGCCCAAGGCCCAGCCGGUCCCGCCUGAUCCGGUGGAGUGCGUGUCCGCCGGCAGCCACAACGUCGCCGUCACCUGCGCCGGCGCGGCGAUCGUCGAGGUGCACGACGACUUCCGCUGGCUGUACGACGGCGUGUCCAUCACCUCGUCGGCGUCGCCAUCCGACGUCAAGGUGACGGAUGAGAUGCUGUUCGGCUCGAUGUUCUUCGGCGCCACACUCGGCGCGCCCGCGCCCCUCCCCGACGAGUUCGGCGACGUCGGUGUGCUGUUCAGCGGGGAAGGGAGCGAGGAGGACGCCAUGUUCGCGGGGCUCGGCGAGCUGCCCGAGUGCGCCAUGGUAUUCCGGCGGCACGCCGGCGACGGGCUGGCGAUGGCUGGCGGGAUGAAAGUCGAGCAGCCGGCGGAGGGCACCGCCAUGUCAUGAUGCGCCCUGGCCAGUCCUGACAUGUGGGGCCGGAUUCCGAUAAAAAGCACAUAAACUCAUGUAGAGCUCCUCUUGAUCUAUCUACUUUUGGUUUCUUGCUCUCUUCCCCUUUGUCACUAAGUUUUUUCCCCUUUCUUUUGAUUGCUUCGUAUACUCAUACAUUAUUAGCACGUAGAAAAAUUUGAGG